AUGGGCAGGAGGAAGAUAGAAAUCAAGGCCAUUAAGGAUGACAGGAAUCGCUCCGUAACAUUCUUGAAGCGCAAAGGGGGUUUAUUCAAGAAAGCCCAUGAGCUUUCCGUCCUGUGCUCUGUCGACGUUGCCGUUAUUAUCUUCGGCAACAACAAAAAGCUGUACGAAUAUUCAUCCAGUAAUAUUCGCGAUAUACUACAACGAUAUACCUACCACGGAGGACCUAAUGAGCACAAAGGCCCUUCUGAUUUCAAUGGUGGCGCCGACGACGAUGACGACGAUGACGAGAAUGGGACUAAUUCGCAAGGGGAACAACAUAUGAUGUACCAACCGAACCCGCCAGUUUCAUACCCCUUUCUCCGGCACACAAGUCUGUCGGACUCACCCCCAGUACCAAACGGCGCGUUCGGGCCUCAGCCGGGACAUCAAAUGAGCCGCGCCCAUACUCCCCAGCCGCCCUUCGUCGCUCGGCCACCAUCUGUCAACGAUAUCCGAAGGCUGAGGCCCGGGCAGCCGGUCCGUCCUGCGGGAGUCGCCCAGGAACUUCAAAAUAGGAGCGCCUUUGUGCCAUCGCCUCCCAUCUACAACCCACAACCACCUGCUACCAUGGCGCCUACUCACGGUCUUCCCACACAGUUGCAUCCCCAGUAUCCCUUCCAGCCGUCUCAACCGCCUGCUCAUUCCAUGCAACAGUUCGAGGACCAGAGAAGAUCGCCUCUUCCUCCGACUUUUGUGUCUCAACCGCCACCACAUCCAGCACAUCGCCAUUCUACGUCCCCGCCUGAACUUCUCCAACCGCAGAUCUCGCAGCAACAAGUACAUCGCCAUUCUGCCUCUCCUCAAGUUCACCAAGCCCAGCUUCCACAGCAGCCGCAGCGGCUACCGAGCGCAAAUAUGUCACCUCCUCCGCCACAGCCAGCUCAACCGCCUCAGCAGCAGCAGCAGCAGCAGCACCGUCACCAGCAGCAACAACCUCAGUCUAUGCCUAAUCAAAACCUUCAACCUCCUGCACCGCCAAAGCCAGAGUCUAUGGAGAGGCCACGCCGGCUGAUCCCCGCGCUGAAUACAUCGGUCAAGAACCCUGGGCAGGGCAGUGUCUUUACGCCAAUCGAACCAGAGAACAAGUCUAUUCUGUCACAGCAUUUUGCCGCGUUCCGUCCGGAUAUCAAGUCCGAGUCGCCAAACAAUCGGUCGCAGUCUGUCGAUGGCGGUAACGGGUCAGCUCAAAGAACGAAUUCAUUGGCGGUAAUCUCACAAUCGACGCUUCCUCCGCCAUCCCGGCCCCAACACCUACGUGUGGGAGGUGGGCCAUUGCGACCGCGGCUUAAGGUGCAGAUUCCGGACGACUCGGAUAGCGGAAGCGCUGCUGGGUCGGCAAGUUCUCCUCGUGUUACAACCACAACGGACUCCGCUCCACAACCGCUAAAGACCGGCUCUGUACUUCCACCACCGUCACCAUCGGCCUCCAAUCUACCUUCUGCGGGUGCCACAGGACCACCUAAUCCCUUUGCCCCUCGAUCAACAAUUCAGCACAACAACAAUAUGAACAUCGACACUCCCGUUUCUGCUCUCCCAUCUCGAUUUCUGGGCGAUCUGCUGCCUAGUCCCAGCAGAUUCUAUCCUGAAUGGGGAUAUGGCAUCAGCGCGGAGAGCAACACGCUUCCUAGUCCAUUGAACUUUGCCACACCUGUUAACGGAACCGGGCCAUCGUUCUUGAGAGACGAUCCCACUCCACUGAAGAGGAAGAGCCCCGAGACGAAAAGUACCGGGCCCGAGAAUGACACUGGGAACAAUCAAGAUGCUAAACGGAUGCGGCUCGAAUCUUAG